AUGCGUUCAGCACAAGAAAGCGAUGGGUCUCACCAUGGCAGCGUAAACAGUGGGUCAACGACUCUCGCCCAGCGCAAACGGCAGCGAGACGAGGCAGAAGAGGCCUCAAUCCCUCCUUGUGCACAGUGCCGGUCCCGUAAAGUGCGCUGUGACCGUCAACGGCCCGAUUGCUCCAACUGUCGCAGAGCCGGCGUUCCCUGCGAGUAUUCCAACUCGUCGUCCACAGCGUACAAUAUCAAGGAGCUAUUCGACGCAUUCUCAUCGGUGACUUCGCGCUUGGAUCGGAUGGAAGAGACGUUGGCAGGAAUCGCACAUUAUAUCAAAUACAUUACUCCUACAGCUGGAGGGCUGCAGUCGCCCCCAACUACCGAUGGUGUACAUUCUCACUCGCAGGACGCUGGGGACGUCGCACCGCCUGUCGAAAGCACAGCAGCGUGUGCCAUCCCCGAUCAAGACGACGAACGAGUUCCAGGUGAUCCGGCCUCGAUCGCCUUGUUCACGUCGCUUCGUCGCCGUCUGCAAUCUGCAGUCGAAGGGCCACCUAGCGAACCGACGACUCUGUGGGCACUGGCCGCCAAAGAUCCUGCCGUGAAGCGUGUCCUUGAGCGCCAGCUAGAACUGUUCCCAUUCAACGGUGGUUGUCUGGACUUCCCUGUGAGCAGCAACACUCAGCCCAUACAGGCGCCGCCACGUUAUAUCCUUGAGGAUUGCCUCCGGUCUUCUUUCACAGAACUCCACGUCUUUGCGUCUGUCUUCCAGAAGCAAUAUCUUGAAGAUGCGGUCGCGUUUUACUAUGAUUCACCACCUUGCCAGCAGUCGCAGGCCCAGGUGCUCAUGAUGAACAAUAUAUAUCUACUCGCUAUUACCCUUCAAGCGCGGGCUUACAGGGCGCGCCAGACUGGGUCAAAGAGCACGUAUCUUAAUCUGGAAGUUGCCUACGCUCUCCUUGGAAAUUGUGACAGGGCGCUGCAGAAUCUGGGGGCCUUUAACAACCCCACGGUAGAAAAUGUCCGGGCGCUGCUUAGUCUGGCUUUUGUGUGCCAGGAAUAUUACUCUGUUCCUGUCCAGAUUCGUGUUUUCCAGGAAACUGCUCGCCUCACCCGCGCGGUCGGCCUACAGAAAUGGCAUGCACCCAACAACGGGUCGUGGGAUAAUUUAUCGGAAGACGAGCGGCUUUUUUGGCUCAUCUAUACAAUGGACAAACAGCUGGCCUUUCAGAGUGGCCAGGCCGGGGAACUCUACCUCCACGACUGCACCCUGCCGCUGUACCCCUGUGGAACGGGCACGCCGACAAUAGAGCAAGUCCACGGAGCCUUCACCAGUCUUUCCACCAUUUGGGAGGAGAUUUAUUCCUCGCUGUAUUCCGUACGCUCAUCAAUCAUUGAUGACUUCGCCCGUAACACCCAUGUCCGCCGCUUACAUUCCAUACUCUCUGUCUGGAAGGAAGCCUACGAGCCUCUGUUCACCAGUUGGACUCUCCCCGACCUAUCUCAUCUCAAACACGUCCAGACUGAGCUCCAAUACGCUUUCCUCACCACAAAUCUCCUCAUCCAACGCUGCAACACCACUCUCCCCCCAUCCGAGCGCUACCGCGAAUUCGCCGAGCCCGCCCUCAAACUCCUCACCACCAACUUCGACACUCUCUCCCCAUCCGAAUGCACCACCCUCGGCCGGAUUUUCCGCAACUACCCCCUCAUCGCAUUCCACGACUUCUUUCUGUACACCCUUCUCUCGGAGGGGGCAGGCCUCGCAGAGAACGCCGAGCUCCUGCACGCUGCGACGCGUCUUCUCGAACCAUUCCGCGAUGCAGACUUUCCCGAGUCUUUCUAUAAUAAGAUCUACUCGGGUUUUAUUUGGUGCACCAACCAAUUGGAUAUCUUGUUGGAGGUUUGUCAUCAGCGUGCUUCGCUGACCGGUGGGAUCUGUCCUGAGCUUGAUGAGAUGGCAAAUCCGUUGUCGGGGUUGGCGCCGGGACUGGGUGUUUAG